CUUUGCUACGAAGUAUUCAAGAAGUCCGAAAGAGGCAAAUACGAUAAACAGCAUGGUAUACAUGGUUGGAGCGGUUUCGAUGCCACUGUUCGGUGUUGCCAUCGACAGAGUGGGUCGUAACCUGUACUUCCUGAUGACCGGCCUCGUCCUGGGGCUGACCAGCCAUAUCAUGAUGACCUUCACCUUUGUGGAGCCGUACGUAUGCACGGUGAUUCUUGGUCUAGGAUACUCCUUGGUAACCACCACAUGUUGGCCCCUGGUGUCCUUCGCGGUCCCUCUGAGGUACCUCGGUACUGCGUUCGGAAUCAUGGGCACCAUUAUUUCUGUGGGGCAGGCCAUUGAUACGUAUUUUGUUGGCUUCAUCGUGGACACUGCCGGCUAUCUGGUCCUCGAAGUGUUCUUUACCAUGUGCGUCAUCUGUUCAAUGAUAGCAGCUGAGUUGUUGUAUUUACGGGACGCGUCAACAGGUGGCCUUCUGAAUCUAAGUACAAAACAACGUGCAGUUUUUCAAGCAACAUGUGUGAGACAGACUUUGUAG